CAGCGCGCGGGGUGGAUCGCAGUUUUCUCCCGCUCCUCUCGCGUGUGUUUCUGUGUCAGGAUCUCUCCUCUGUUCCUUGUUUAUUCUCUGUGGAUGUUCUGUGGAGAUGUUUGUGAGGGGACGCACAUCGUUUCGGCAGCUGCAGGCGUGUUUUUUCCGACUGCUGUGUUUUAUUCCCACAGGAUUCCCGGUGAUCAGCGUGGACAGUCAGAGAUCCACCGACAACAUCACCAUCAGACAGGGCGACACUGCCGUUAUCCGGUGUUAUGUGGAUGAUAAGGUCUCUAAGGUGGCGUGGUUGAACCGCUCCAACAUCAUCUUCGCUGGCGAGGACAAGUGGUCUCUGGACCCGCGGGUGGAGCUGGUGACUCAGGGUCAGCUGGAGUACAGUCUGAGGAUACAGAAGGUGGAUGUGUUCGACGAGGGGCCCUACACCUGUUCCAUCCAAACCAAACAACAGCCCAAGACCUCACAGGUGUAUCUCAUCGUCCAGGUUCCUGCAACUAUUUAUAAAGUAUCAGAGGACCUGACAGUGAACGAGGGCAGUAAUGUCACACUGACGUGUUUGGCCAAUGGGAGGCCAGAUCCCUCCAUCACCUGGAGACUGCUCAACCCAUCAGCUGAAGCUCUGGAUGUUGGUGAAUAUCUGGAGAUCUCUGGGAUCGUUCGCUCUCAGUCGGGACGUUAUGAAUGUAAAGCCAGUAAUGACGUCUCCACCCCUGAUGUCAAAUAUGUCAAUGUGAUCGUCAACUAUCCGCCCUAUAUAAAGGAAGUUCGCAGCUCAGAGACGGCGCUCGGACAAACGGGAAUCCUGCACUGUGAGGCGGCGGCCGUUCCUCAGCCCGAGUACGAGUGGUACAGAGACGACCGCAGAUUGUCGAGUUCUCAGGGCGUCAGUAUUCAGAUCGCUGGAUCUCGUACGCUGCUGGUGGUCGCAAACGUCACUGAAGACGAUUAUGGAAAUUACACGUGUGUCGCCACCAACAGACUGGGAAUACACAACGCCAGCGUCUUCCUAUUUAAACCCGGUACUGGGCGGGACAUCAACGGUUCCUGCAGCAUGUGUCAAUCACUCUGGCUCCUCCUCCUGUGUGUGUUCUGUGCUCCUGUGCAGUGUUAAUGAUCAGCGCAUCGAUCGAUCAUCUCAGACUGUUUUCAUCCGCCCACGCCCAGAACAACCGCUCAAUUAUUAUCAGGAUCAAAUACGACACGGAGGAAAUGAAGAACGGUGCUCUUUUGAAGAACACUAAUUGCCAUUUUAACUGGUUCAAACGCUUCCAGUGACACCUGUCUGUCUGUCUGUCUGUCUGUCUGUCUGGGCAUCUGACAGAGGUCAUGUAUGUUAUUUUCCAACAGGAAUCUGGUGUGAAGUUCCAAACACACCUGUCAUCAUCAUCAUCGUGAAAUCUUCAUUUCUUUCAUUGCGUUUAUGUAGAAUAAUGUUAGCGGAGAGAUGCGGUAAUCAUUUAAGAUCAUUUCAAUGCAAUUAAUGAUGUUUCAGCAUUGCCAAAAGGACAUCAAAUUAGACUUAAAAUCACACUUUUGUAUUAUUAUAGUAAGAUUUUCUGGUACCAAAUCUUUAAUUCUGUUUAAACCAGAUUUCCAGAAUUAGCAUCAGUCUGCUGAUCUGAAAGCGGUUUGAGUUUGAUUCUCAGAACAGUCACAGGUGUGUGUGUGGAAACUGUGUUUUGAUACUUUAGGAAACACACAUCAUUGUCAUGUCAGCCAAACAUUAGUGUGUCAUGAUUGUGAAAUCUUGAAUAUUUUCAGAGACGCUGAACAGAAUGCUGCUCCGAUUACUGGAAACAAGUUCAAACCUCAUUAGCCCCUCCCACACACGUAACUCCGCCUUCAUAUCUUCAAUUACUUUAAAUAAACCCCUCCCUUAUCAUUUAACCCCUCCCAUCUCAUUAACCCACAGACAUACUUAACCCCACCCAUAUCUUGAAUUACUUUAAAUAAACUCCUUCCUUAUCAUUAACCACUCCCACACACGUAACCACCCACCCCAUAUCUUCACUUCCUUUAAAUAAACGCCUCCCUUAUCAUUUAACCCCUCCCAUCUCAUUAAUCCACACACAUACUUAACCCCACCCAUAUCUUCAAUUCCUUUAAAUAAACUCCUCCCUUAUCAUUUAACCCCUCCAUCUUAUUAACCCCUCCCACACACGUAACCCCGCCUCCAUAUCUUCAAUUCCUUUAAAUAAACCCCUCCCUUAUCAUUUAACCCCUCCCAUCUCAUUAAUCCACACACAUACUUAACCCCACCCAUAUCUUCAAUUCCUUUAAAUAAACUCCUCCCUUAUCAUUUAACCCCUCCCAUCUCAUUAACCCCUCCCACACACGUAACCCCGCCUCCAUAUCUUCAAUUCCUUUAAAUAAACCCCUCCCUUAUCAUUUAACCCCUCCCAUCUCAUUAAUCCACACACAUACUUAACCCCACCCAUAUCUUGAAUUACUUUAAAUAAACUCCUUAUCAUUAACCCCUCCCACACACGUAACCACCCACCCCAUAUCUUGAAUUACUUUAAAUAAACGCCUCCCUUAUCAUUUAACCCCUCCCAUCUCAUUAACCCACAGACAUACUUAACCCCACCCAUAUCUUGAAUUACUUUAAAUAAACUCCUUCCUCAUCAUUAACCCCUCCCACACACGUAACCACCCACCCCAUAUCUUCAAUUCCUUUAAAUAAACCCCUCCCUUAUCAUUUAACCCCUCCCAUCUCAUUAACCCACAGACAUACUUAACCCCACCCAUAUCUUGAAUUACUUUAAAUAAACUCCUUCCAUCUCAUUAACCCCUCCCACACACGUAACCCCGCCUCCAUAUCUUCAAUUCCUUUAAAUAAACCCCUCCCUUAUCAUUUAACCCCUCCCAUCUCAUUAACCCACAGACAUACUUAACCCCACCCAUAUCUUGAAUUACUUUAAAUAAACUCCUUCCUUAUCAUUAACCCCUCCCACACACGUAACCACCCACCCCAUAUCUUGAAUUACUUUAAAUAAACGCCUCCCUUAUCAUUUAAUCUCUUCAAUUCCUUAAAAUAAACUCAUCCCUUAUCAUUUAACCCCUCCCAUCUCAUUA